GGGACGAAACGACCCUGACUGGAGUAGGGACGGACAAGGUACGCACUUGCCUCCACUGUCGAUGGCAAUUUUUUUUCUGUCGUUUUCUUGCAGGCCAUCUGUCAAUGGGCUGACAUUUGUCUUCUUCCUAUCUACUCCUCCUUGUCUCCUAUAUAUCCUGGACAGUACUACAGUACCUGGCGUCGUCGCCCAAUUCACUCGUCGAGUCGAGACCCAUUACAGCGACAAGUCGGGGGCAAUCAGCACCAGCAUCAGCAUACUGCACACCCGGAGCAAAAACCUCUUUAUCUUCAAGACCCUGUCGCAGUCGCUUCAAAAGCACCCUGUCCCAAGCACGGCGUCUCCCACUCGCCCGCCGGCACACCACAAAGCCACCAACCAAGCCAAACCAGCCAACCAUUGCCUAUCGUUCGCCGUUGUCCAGUCGUCUGGUCUCCUUGAUCGACCUGGGCUUGAAGCCUCGAUUGCCUACCUUGUCUAGCUUUAGUUCUGGACCAAGACCUGGGCCUGGGAUUACUUCUGCGACCCCAGCCGAUCUCCCCGAUACGGAUCCAGCGCUCCCGUCCGCAGUCGCAUCGCAUCGCGCCGUCCUGCGCCUGGGUUUUGCUCUACGUUGCGUCGCCGCGUUCCGACUAGGAUUGCACUGCAUCGCAUCUGCAUUGCCUUGCUCUGGUACUUCGUACUGUACACCACAGGUACGUAGG